AUGGCUACCUACUUCGAUCUUUGUAGAGUGCAAGGUUUUUGCUCCUGCAAUCGUUGCUGUCCCUUAUCUCAGCUCUACUUUUGCCGACAUUGUUACGAUGUCAGAUGUGGCAACUGCGUUUCGCAUGAAGUGGAUUCACAUUACUGCCCUAAUUGUUUGGAGAACAUGACCAGUGCAGAGGCGAAGAUGCGCAAACACCGUUGUGGCAAUUGUUUUGAUUGUCCUAGUUGUGGUCACACUCUUUCAACCCGCGGUACUCUCGCCUUGGCGCCAGCCGCUGGUACAGGACCAGCUGAUCCCACAUCUGGUGAUUCACCGAUGACUGCUCAAAAGACCUACUACCUCCUCUGUGGAUUUUGUCGUUGGUCGACUCGUGAAAGCGGCAUUUCCGACCAGAAAUCUCCGGGUGGAUGGAAUGAGACACCCAACCCCCACGCUGAGCGGAUCGAAACACUGAUAACCGAGUAUCGUCAACUGGCUGCCAAGGAAAAAACUGAACGCGAACGCAGCAACCGUGAAACGAAUCCCAGUCCAGAGGUUGAAAUUUCGGCUGCUCAGGCCCAAGCAAUCACUGAAAGUUUUAAUGUCGACGAGUUGGUCAACAAACCGUUCUCCUUUGAGAGAGCGACCUCUGCACUGCAGCGUCACAUGGCACCGGCUCUACAACCGACAGAGACCAGGAGUCUCGAACCACGCCACAAAGCACUGGCAGUGAAACGUUCUCUUCGUUGUAAAAAGUGUGAACACACUCUGAGCAAGGCAGAUUUUAAUCCGAGUUAUACCAAAUUCCGCAUUAAUCUAAGCGCCAUCUGCCACGUGCCCGAUCUGCACUUUGCUCUACCGCCCUCCAGCCUUGCUGACUCCGCCGGCGACAUCGGUCGACGCCGCAUCACUCCACUGCCUCUGCCCACCCUCGGCUUCGACAGUGCGCCGCCUUCGAGCGUGCUUCGAGUCAAGGGAUUCUCGAUGAGUAAAGCAUCCAAUGUGGUUUUGAUCGUCUCGAAUCCUGCACAUCGUGUUACUACAGUGCGCUUGCGGCAACUGACUGCUGAAGAGGAGAACGCCAAACUUGCAGAGUUUUUUGCCAAGAAUGGAAGCGUUUUUGGUGCUGGCAACACUUACUCUACUGUGAAGUUGGACCUUCCUGCGGAUGGGAUCAGAAUUGCGGCGAAGAGUGAUGCCAGUGAGUACAACGAUUUGACAACUACUGAGGGCACUGAUGAGUUCAAGGAUGAUGACUCCAAGGUGAUUGCCUACCGACAGGGCCAUAAGGUGGGCAUAAACACUGGCCUCACGAUGCUAACCUCUGGAGGUGUCCUGCGCGCAACAGUCAUGAUGACCUUUGAUUACCUGAAUAUCACUCCUGCCGCGACCUCAAGUGUACUCUCAGCUGAGCAGCGGGCGGCCACGAUGAGCGCGGUUUUGGCCGCCUCGGGCAUAAAGGAAGUGGGUGACGCCUCAACCGCGUCUGCGAUAGGCAAGGGAGUGGAAGAGGAGGGGGAUAAGCGGGAUAAAAAGGCUUGCGAGGCUAGUAAUCAGGCCUUAUGUCACCAACAGGGAGAUGGGUUGUGGGAUACCGUAAAGGAUUGGCGUGAUCAUUUUGCCGCAUGGUCUGCGUCUUGUGGUCGUCGCUUCCAGAGCUUCGAUAUGAAAUGGAGCUGGCCUGAAGGCGGGUUCACAAUUUGCGUUCGGAAGGAUUGGGGUGCCAGUAUCGGCAGCAUGAGCGUUGCUUCACAUCAGCACGACGGUCGGAGCAGUUACGUCAUUUGGCAUAGAGAAAAAGCAAAAUUCUUUCGACAAUGUAAAUGCAAAUCCAGAGCUCAAUCUAUACUAGAUAAGAGCAUUGGGCAGUUUGAGUCUGACCAUAGUGGAAAAGCUAGUGGUACAGGUGAACUUAUUAACCCUAAAUUCUAUACACCGCUCCCUCCAACAGUUACAAAACGCGAGAAAUAUGGUUGGAGCGGCCAUGAACUCUGCCCACAGCCACCGUCGGUAAUCGCGCUGCUGACCGUUCGUGCAAUUUACCUGUUUCGAAUUAAACUUCAAAAGAUCUCAAGUGUACCAAAUGAAUGUUGUGCUGAAAAACUGUACGUGGGACUGGGAUCAAACAUCGCUUUUGUUUCUGAUAUCAACUAG